UAGAACAGCUUUAUUUAAAAAUAAACUAUACUAUUGUUUAAACAGUUAUCGCAUGUAGUAAUGCUUUUGUUUUAAACAUUCAAUAUACAAAGCUUGUAAGUUAUAUUUUUACGAUAGGCAUAUUUCAAGAUGGUUGGUGUAGUUGCGGUGCUAGCUGUUUUAGUGUUAUUCCUGGUAUUAGCAAAAAUUUACAUUAAAUUAACAACAGGCUGGUGCAGAAGUAAUGUAUGUUUAGUUGGAAAAACUGUCAUUGUUACAGGGUCCAAUACCGGUAUUGGAUAUGAAACAGCCGCCGAUUUAGCUAAAAGAGGAGCCAAAGUAAUCCUAGCUUGCAGGAACGGACAAAGAGCCAAAGACGCAGUACAAAGAAUAAUAAACGAAACAGAUAAUUCAAACGUAUCCUACAGGAUUCUGGAUUUGGGUUCGUUGAAGUCCGUAAGAAAAUUCGCUGAUGAAAUCAACAAAAAUGAGGAAAGACUGGAUAUAUUAAUCAACAACGCUGGACUUCAAACUGUGCCAGAAAUUAAAGGUCUUACUGGAGAUGGGCUACAACCAACCAUGCAAGCGAAUUAUUUUGGACAUUUCUUGUUAACACAUCUUCUAUUGGGUCUCUUAAAGAAAUCAGCACCCAGUAGAAUAGUGAACGUGGCAUCCAUGGCUGCUAAUUACACCAAAUUUAAAAGCGUAGACGAUCUCAACUCUGAGGGUGGUGUGGUGGUUGACGUUUACGGAAGAUCCAAACUAGCCAACAUCUUGUUCACCAUCGAACUCAGCGAGAAACUGAAAAAUACCAAAGUGACAACUUACUCUCUACAUCCUGGAGUUAUUUUGACAGAGUUCAGUAGAAAUGUGCCUGAAUUGUUUAAAGGAGUUGUCGAGAAUGUGCUUCGAUACAUGUUCAAAAAUGCUAUUGAAGGAGCCCAAACGACGAUCUACUGUGCAGUGGAAAAGGACAUUGAAAAAUAUUCAGGCCAACAUUUUCAUGAUUGUCACGUGGUAAAACCAUACAAAAAGGCUCGAAAGUCCGAUCUAGUUAAAUCGGUAUGGAAGAAGACUGAAGAAUUAGUAAAACUUGAGAAGAAACUGAUAUAGUUUAUAUAUUAGUGUUUUAAAAAAUGAAGUAUCAGUGCUAAUAAUUGAGUUAAUUUUUUUUAGUUUGAUUAUUUUUUAUUUUGAUA